AAGUAAAUCAAGUUCCUCGGGCCGGCCGGCAGCGCGGACCCCAUCGGUAAGGCGUUCUUAUUUUCUGGCAUCUAUUCAAGCGGCGAUCGCCGUGGCCGGGACCUUCUUGCACUGCAAAAUAGGGAUUCGUCUCGUCUCAGAAUCGAAAGUUGGAGGGCUGCGUAGCAUUUUUGCUCCCUCACGGCCCCGGAAGGUGGUCGGCCAAGAGGCCCAAAUCGCGGCCACGGGUCAUCGCCAUGAUUGCCCCCUCGUCACGAGCGGCCAGUUUGGACGGCCUUCUGUGGAGCAGCCGUACCCACGGCAACGAAUUGCAGUGCAAAAACAUGAUUUUAGAGUCAUUUAAGCGCGAGAGCGAAUGUGCUCGGGGGCCGCAGAUAUCGUGGUUGAGUUAGGCUUUCUUUCCAUCUUCUUUGCAGUCUGCAGUGCAGUGCAGUGCCCCUGAAGAAUGCUGGGCGGGCUGGGUCGCAAAUUGGCAAGCCCAGUCCGAAGCCAAUCACGAAUAAGUCUGCAAAGUGGAAUUCGGAGGGCAUUGCGACUCCAUUUUGGGCCUUGGGAGGUCCUUUUCGACGUUCUUGAGGGAAACCUGUCCUAUCUCGAUCUGGGUAGUCGGCAGGGACGAUGAUUGGAAAGCGUGAAGGGGGGGGGGGGAUGGUGU